CAGGAAUAGAGAGCCUGACCGAAACCGCCCGGAUCCCAAGAGUCCGUGUGAUGAUCUAGCAAGUUCUUGCUUGAGCUCCUUUGUGAGACACCGCGACAAGAUUAUGUCAACAUUCCGCGUCAGACUAGCAUGGGAAUGAAUGCAGGUACCGUGCAUCUGAACAGUGGUGUUUUUUGAUCAGAAGAGCCUGCGCUAGAAAAGGCCCAGAAGUUGAACGCCGUUGGAUGAGUACCGAAACAUCCCGUUCUAUCCCUGCGGCAAGCGAGACGAUUGUACCUAGAACGUCAUGCCGACACUUUCCAGCGCCUCUGGCAUGCCUUCGACACGGUACAGGCUAAGGUAUGGACCAAACUCAGCUGUAGCACAAUGAUGGACAUGGUGCUCCGAUUAGACCCUGGAAUAUAUAUAAUGCUCUGUGAUUCCGCCAUAUUAUCACUCUCAUUUUCAACUCAGCCGUCUUUCCUCAUUUGAUACCUUCCAUACCAGUAUGAAGGCUACUUUCUUCACCGCAGGCCUCGUCGGUCUUGCUGCAGCCCUUCCUCAAGGAGCCGUACAAGAGUCCUCGAGUACUGUCGCUCAAACUUCUACCGUGUCUGUCAGCUCGCCUGAAGAUGUCCCUCAAGCAACCAGUCUCGCCCAAGCAGCAGCAGUGAAUGUCACCAUCUCGGUCCAGGUCCCUUCCGAGAUCCUCGACACCACCUCUUUGAACGCCGAUAGCCCUGCUUUGCUCACCACCAAACCCGUGGAGAGCAGCGAAUUCCUCUCUCCGGCCGAUUUCCUCACUCAGGGCCUUUCCCUGGAUGACAUUCCCGCCGUCUCCGUAGACCCAACUACUUUGUCCAAGAGAGACUUCUUUGGUCUCUUCGGUUCUUCCAUUUCCAGAGGACCUUUUGUCAACUUCCUCAAGGUUGCUGCACAGAUCUUCGUCAAGGUCGAGAAGGUCAUCGUCUUCUGGACCUGCCCUCAGUGGAUCCGCCCAGUUCCCAAUACUUUCCCUGGUUGGAGAAAGUACAAGUCCAACGGUGUCAACCUUGGUGGUUGGCUCGUAUUGGAAAAGAACAUCCAGCCAAGCUUCUUCAACGACAACGCACCCAGCGCUAUCGAUGAGGACAGCUUCUGCCAGACCCUGGGUUUGGCGAAGUGCGGCGCUCUGCUCGAGAACCGCUACAACACCUACAUCACCACAAAGGACAUUGAUAACUUUGCAGCCUACGGUGUCAACACCCUCCGCAUCCCCAUUGGCUACUGGGCUUACAUGCCUGCCAUCGCUGGUGAUCACUACUACACUGGUAGCCAGAAGCUGGCCAUGCAAAAGAUUGCUCAAUACGCCAUCACCAAGCACAACAUGCAUAUCGUCGUCGACCUGCACGGUCUUCCUGGUGGUCAGAACGGUCUUGACAACCAGGGAAAGACUGGUCAGCUCACUUGGUGGAACAACCAGACUGCCUUUGACCUUUCCAUCGAGAUGGUCCGCAGAGCCACCGACGACAUCCUUCGUCAGCCCAACAGCGGUAGCUACACCAUCUCUUUGAUCAACGAGCCUCUCCCUGCCCUUUACUACUUCGGCCAGACUCAGGACAGCAUCGCCUACCUCAACAAGUACUACGUCGCUGCCCUCAAGGAGGUUCGCAAGAGGUCGAAGACUCUCCCCGUUGCUAUCUCUGACGGCUUCAUCGGUCCUCAGACCUGGGACCCAUACUGGACUAACGUUGACCCUUACAUCGUUAUCGACACCCACAUCUACUUUUUUGUUGGCGGAUCAUACUCUUACGACGCCGCGUAUGGUGCCUGCUACCUCGCCAAGUCCUACCAGAACGCUUCUAACCCAACAUUCAUCGGCGAGUGGUCAAUCCAAGCGACAAAUUUCAACCACCUUGGCGACAACACCCGCAGAGACUUCUACCGCAGUCAAUUACAGGCCUACACCCAGUACCUGAGCGGAGGUAUGUUCUGGAACGGUAAGCACGAUGGCGAUGCCAUCGUCGGCGACGACGGCUCUGCUCAAAAGUACUACUGGUCUUGGCAACUCCUCGCCGCUGAGGGCAUUGUUCCUCGUCCUGGUGACAAGCUCGAGUCUCUUUGCUAGAUGUUGA